CCCGGGACACCGCGGGCCGAGCCAUGACGGACGCCGGCAACAGGAAAGAGGGCUUCAAAAAAUGCCGGAGCGCUACUUUCAGCAUCGAUGGCUACAGCUUCACCAUCGUUGCAAAUGAAGCUGGAGACAAGACCGCCAGAUCACUUGCCCGCUUCUCUCGGUCUAAGUCACAGAACUGUCUGUGGAACUCCCUCAUCGAUGGGCUCACAGGGAAUGCCAAGGAAAAGCCACGGCCAACGAUUGUCCAUGACCCUCGACCACCAGAAGAGAUCCUAGCUGAUGAAUUGCCUCAGCUUGAUAGCCCGGAAGCCUUGGUGAAGACGUCCUUCAGGUUACGAUCUUUGGUCAAACAAUUAGAGAGAGGCGAGGCUUCGGUGGUAGAUCUUAAGAAGAAUUUGGAAUAUGCAGCCACAGUACUCGAAUCUGUGUACAUUGAUGAAACCAGGCGACUCCUGGAUACGGAGGAUGAACUCAGUGACAUUCAGUCAGAUGCAGUGCCUUCUGAGGUCCGAGACUGGCUGGCCUCCACCUUCACGAGGCAGAUGGGGAUGAUGCUCAGAAGGAGCGAGGAGAAGCCACGGUUCAAGAGCAUCGUCCAUGCAGUACAGGCUGGGAUAUUUGUGGAGAGAAUGUAUAGACGAACAUCCAACAUGGUUGGACUGAGCUACCCACCAGCUGUUAUUGAAGCAUUAAAGGAUGUGGACAAGUGGUCCUUUGAUGUCUUUUCCCUCAAUGAAGCCAGCGGGGAUCAUGCACUGAAAUUCAUUUUCUAUGAAUUACUCACGCGUUAUGAUCUGAUCAGCCGUUUCAAGAUCCCCAUUUCUGCCCUUGUCUCAUUUGUGGAGGCCCUGGAAGUAGGAUACAGCAAGCAUAAAAAUCCGUACCACAAUUUAAUGCAUGCCGCCGACGUUACGCAGACUGUGCAUUACCUCCUUUAUAAGACAGGGGUAGCGAACUGGCUGACAGAGCUGGAGAUCUUUGCUAUCAUCUUCUCAGCUGCCAUCCACGACUAUGAGCACACAGGAACCACCAACAAUUUCCACAUUCAGACACGGUCUGACCCUGCUAUUCUGUACAACGAUAAGUCUGUAUUAGAAAAUCACCAUUUAAGUGCAGCUUAUCGCCUUCUGCAAGAAGAUGAGGAAAUGAAUAUUUUGAUCAACCUCUCAAAGGAUGACUGGAGGGAGUUUCGGACCUUGGUAAUUGAGAUGGUGAUGGCCACGGAUAUGUCCUGCCAUUUCCAACAAAUCAAAGCAAUGAAGACUGCUCUGCAACAGCCAGAAGCAGUUGAAAAGCCAAAAGCAUUAUCCCUGAUGUUGCACACGGCGGACAUUAGCCAUCCUGCAAAAGCAUGGGAGCUCCAUCAUCGCUGGACAAUGUCACUCCUGGAGGAAUUCUUCAGACAGGGUGACAGAGAAGCAGAGCUGGGGCUGCCUUUUUCUCCUCUGUGUGAUCGAAAGUCAACGAUGGUUGCUCAGUCGCAAGUGGGUUUUAUUGAUUUCAUUGUGGAGCCCACCUUCACUGUGCUCACAGACAUGACUGAGAAGAUUGUGAGCCCUUUAAUUGAUGAAACCUCCCAAAGUGGCGGGACAGGACAGAGGCGUUCAAGUUUGAACAGCAUCAGUUCGGCGGAUGCAAAGCGAUUGGGCGUGAAGAGCACUGGCUCAGAAGGAAGCACCCCCAUCAACAGUUCUGUCAUCCCUGUUGACUACAAGAGUUUCAAAGCCACUUGGACUGAGGUGGUGCACAUCAACCGGGAGAGAUGGAGGGCCAAGGUGCCCAAAGAGGAGAAGGCCAAGAAGGAAGCAGAGGAAAAAGCUCGCCUGGCUGCAGAGGAGAAGCAAAAAGAAAUGGAAGCCAAAAGCCAGACUGAAGAAGCCGCGGCUGGCAAAGCCGAGAAAAAGUCAUCUGGGGAAGCUAAGAAUCAAGCCAAUGGAACGCGCACAAACAAAAGCGACAACCCUUGUGGGAAAAAUUCCAAAGCUGAGAAGUCCUCAGAAGAAAAACAACAGAAUGGUGACUUGAAAGAUGGUAAAAAUAAGACAGACAGGAAGGAUCAAUCUAAUGUCGGAAGUGAUUCAAAGAAAACAGAUGAUUCAGAAGAGUAAAACACACCUCACAUACAAUAAAAGAGGCUGCCAGUGUCUUGCAUCAUUUUAGCUGAGCUUCAUUCUCCUUCUCCUCCUUCCACAAAGACCCAUAUCUGGGGAAGGUGUCCAGGUUUCAGAAACAAGCCCCCCCCCCCCACACUUGGCCUUCCCUCGUGCCACCUCCUUCUAAGAGACGGCUCUCUGGGAGCUGGUUUGAGGUCUAAGAACUCUGGGGAAAUCCUCCCCCAGGCAAAUAAAACAACUUGAGCUUUUUGCACAAACAGAAACAAAACAUGAAGGGACUUCCUCAGAAUUCUUUGCUAAUGCCCUGGCUUUCAAGGCACCUGUCUGGCCUGAUGAGGAUGGACAUCCUGGAUAUGCUGAGGGCGGCCUGAAAAAGCCACGUGCAGAGUAAUUGCCAUUUUACUACUGUCGAUGCCGUUCCUUCAAAUUGUUAUUUUUGUACUGGCUACUGAUGGUGGAUACAGCUGUGCUGGCCCUUCAUCAGCUAAGAGGAUGAUUCCAGUCUCUGGUUGUUCCUUUCCUGAGUCAGGAACAUUCUUUUUCUCCAAUUUUCUUUCAGACUUAAAAAUUAUUCUUAUGCUUGUCUUUCCAUUUAUAUAUGAAAUUCUUUUUUUUAAAGAGAUUAUCCUAUAGGACUCUUUAUUUGUAAAUGCUUAAUUUAUCUGUGCAUUCAUUAAUAUAAACCUGAAUGUAUCCGCUGAUGACUAUACUAUUUAGGUGGGAGACACAUUGUUUUCAUUGGGUAGCAUCCAUGACUAGGUGGUUACUGAAAUUUUUACCACUGGCCAGUCCUCUUCUUUUGGAUAUUUACGGUUUCACUUAAUCACUCUUCUUUCUAUUCAGGGAAGUGCUAAAGGAAUUAGUAUCAGGGAGAUAUGUCAAAUACUUCUUCUCAUUUUAGUGAGUCUUUAAAAAUUACACAUAGGACAUAAUUAAUAGCACAAAUCAAAAGAAAGAUUCAUGGAUGUAGCGUGGAAAGAGAAUAAAGAUACACCCCCCGAAUCCAAGUCGAAAAUGGGAUCCAGUGGGGUCUAAGUAACAAUUAAUGUUAUGAGUCUCAAUGGUGUGAUUUGGAUAAAACUCAUUCUUAAAAGGUGGUUAUGGUUCACAAAGAAAUCUUUGAGUCCUUCCCAAGGGGAAACCCCGUGAGUAUGCUGGUGAUGGAGUGGGGUUAGUAAUAGGGAGAGAGAGAGAGAGCUAGAUGGUAGGUUUAGGUGUAUUCCCCAUUGCAGAUUGAAUUUCUACAUUAAAAACACCCAAACAAACAUUUAAAGAAUCUUCUUAUUACUAAAGCAAAAUGUUGCUAUUUCUUCAGACAGAAAGAAGACUGUGUAUGUAGUCUACAGGGCCUCUUGCCUCACUGAAAUAUUCCCCAACAGAGAGAUCUGAAGAACUCUUGUGUAAAAUGCCCAGUUUGUACUGAUAUUUAAACACUGUUCUUUGGUCAGCUUUACAUUUUGCCUUGUAAUAACACAUAUUUUUCUGUUGCUCCCUAUGUUUUUCUAACAGUAACCACAGUAAAUAAUGUGGUCACAAAUUCAAAUCAGGGGCCCAGUGGUCAAGUAAAUGAGUAAAGCAAGCCAGGUAGUAUCAGAGUUAUUGUGAUCAAUGGCAUUUGGUACCAGUGAGGCAGUAAGGACUGUGAGGAAUUGGAGCUUUCUGUAUGUUGAGGCGUGUGUUGUGGAAAGGGGGCAGUUACUAAUCAGCAGCAGGAUUAGUGCUAUGUAGGAAUGGGGUUCCUAGGUACCUAGGAUUUAUAUAAACCCUCUCCAAAUUUUUAACUAUUGGCAACGAGUUCAGAAAUCUCCAAAGACUGUGCUGGUCAAAAAAAGCAUGCCUAUGACCUGCACUCCAUCCAUGGGACAUCAGUUUGCAAACUAUGCUCUUUGAGGUGGUAUGGUUUUGUAUAGGAAUGAAAUACAACCAGGGCAUGUCAAAUUUUUCAUCUUGGAACCUGAACAUUUUACCUCAUUUCUGUUCUGUACUUUUGUAUGUAGAGCUUUGCAGCUGGUCAAAACAGGAAGCUUACAACUUCCCUUUUAUACUCUUAACAAGUAAGACUAAACAAUAUCUGAAAAAGAAACAGGAAUAUAGCCAUUUUUUUUCUAGCAACAAUAAAGAUGGUAAUGUUUUCCAUUUGCUUUAAGUCAUUAAUUCGCUGAAAAAGAAUGGGAAGAGAGUUUCAUUCAGUAUAGAACUCUGCUUGGAAUUCUCAGUGUGGAGAAGCAAAACUCCAUGUAACUUAUCUUUGAAUCCUUAAAAAGUAUUUUGAAGGGACAUUGAGUAAAACUGCAAAAUUAUCUACUUUUUAAAAAUAUAAACCAAUGUAUUAUUGUAGUAUACAUUAAUACUGGAGUUGAUAAAACAUUGAAAUUAAGAUCCCAAGUCAGUAUUAACUGGAAGAACAAUAUUUCCAAAGCGCUGGUGCACUUUCUUGGUCUUUUUGUUCUCUUGAAACAGCUUCCAAAGGAGCAGUGAUAUGGGACACACAUUCUUCAUCACAUGGAGUCUGGCAUCUUACUCAGUAUUACACUGUCAUGUCACUUAGAAAGCAAGGGCUUACACACCUGAAUUAAGAAUUGACCAGUACGGAAAUUUUCAUCUCACACAAAAGUGGAGAGAAUAAUACAAUCUUCCCGCUAUGCAGCCCCAACAUACCAUAAAAUUGUUGCCAUUCUUGUUUUAACUAUUCCCUCACAUGAUUUUAUGGUGGAGUAUGUUAAAGAUCCAGAUGUUUAUUAUUUCAUUAAUAAAUAAUUAAGAGGUUUUCAACAUACAUGGGGGACAAAUAAAGCUUUGGGUAAAAUUGGAAAAAAAAAAAAAAAAGAAUUGACCAGUAUGUGGAGAAAGCAGUAGGGACAAUUCCAUCAUUGACAAACCACAAUGUCUACAUGUCCCUAGGCGGAACACUUUUCAAAUGAAGCUGACUCUAAAGUUUGGGUCCCUGUGUCACCAAAGAGCUCCACAUCCAGGUUUUGUGGAUGAGGUAUGUUUUGAGGCAUAAUGACCGAUCCAUAAGGAAGUCUUUGUUCCAUCUUUUAUUCAUGCCAACCUUUCUUAGGUUAUGAACCCUAAUAACUUAUGGCAGCAGGCAAGAGACUCAUUUCUAACCCAUUAAAUUUAAAUGGAUUUUCUUCCAUUAUCCAUUUCAUUCUUGGAGCUUUUAAAAACUAUUGAAAACAUCUGACAGGAUCCCAUUAAGGACCUGAUAUACUUAAACAGUAAAAUAGUAUCUAAACAUCUGAGAGCCAAAGAAGAAUCUAGUGUACCUGUUUAUUUCAUUUGCAGAACUAAAUUCAUUGUAUUAUAUUUUCCACCUAGAACCAUACCUUUAGUAAAUUAGAAGAGUGAACAAGUCAAGAGCAACAUUAUGAUGGGAUGUGAGGCAGAAUGCAGACAAACAGAUGGAGACCAAUUUUGUAAUCCGUAUUUUGGGAGUAAGAAUACUGGUCUUUUUGUAUCACUUCUGUCACGGAUCACUUUUCUUUAGAUAGAUAGAUAGAUGAUAGCUAGAAUAUAUAUUUUCUUCUAUUCUUCACCUUUGAGCAGGGACUUACAUGAUAAACGACUUCAUAAUGUCCCCUGUGGACUAUGGGGAGAAAACAAAAGAAAAAAAGCACUAAAUCUUUUUCUCAUAACAAGAGAGAGAAGAUUCUGAGAUUAAAGCCUACGUAUGCAGUAUUAUGUCCCCAGUGAAGGGGAUUCCAGUUGGAAACUUUGUUCUGAUUCUGAGACCCCCACACAUCCCAAUAGGAGUUGCAGUGCUGCGCUACCCCCCCUCCCGAGGGGGCCCAGCACACAGUCAGCAUUCAGGAAGCAGGUACCCAACUGUCCAGCUGCAUUCCACUAUCCACCUGUGAGUGCCAACGAAGCCCAACAUCUCCUAUAUGCCAAGCAUAUCACUAAAGGCUUACUUUCUAAAGAUAUGCAGACAUACCCUAGUGACAUCAGUAGCUUAUCAUAAGGGAUAGAAAUUGCAGGUGGUUUGGGGGAAAAUUGUCAGAGCCAAGUUUAUAAAAAAUAAAUAAAAAAGUGAAAACCUCUCUAUGGCUUUUAGGUCUAAGAAAAAUAAAAUCAAAACAAAACAAAACAGGAUUUAUCUGAAAUUGUUCUUCCAAAAGGGCUGAUGACACCAAUCUAUAUGAAAUACCAGUGGAUUUAUUUAUAAUCCAAGUUGAAAUAGUUAAAAUCCAAAGUGAACCAUCUUGCAGCAAAUAGGAGACCCUAUAUGUGCAGCGUGGGAAAUCAUUGCCCAGUUUUGCUCUGCUGAUAUUAUGGUGGGUACAACACUAAACCACAGCAAAAUUGGACAUUAAAGAACAUAAUGUUGCAAUAAUGAUGUUAUAUUGAAUCUUAUGUGUGAAUAAAUGGAAAGUAAUACUUAUGAUUCAUCAAUAUUGCUCCAUCAUUAAAGGCCUCAUUAUCACUUAGAAAAUGAACUUAAUGAAAAAAAAUGUAAUGAACAGCACAAUAUUUCUAUGAAACAUCCCUCUGAGAGCCAGGGACAUAUUACCUGCCAAGAACAGAUUUCAGUUGUUAAAAUUUCCUCUCGCCAAAGACCCUGAGCAUUGGAGGUGACAGUAGAAUUAGAAUGGUAGCAGAGCCACCUAGAACAUUUGACAGAGUUCAGUUAAUUUGGGUUCAGAGAGGUUAGAAAAAAAUGGGAAGCAGUCCUCUGGGUGUUCUCAUUAGACAUUUGUAAAAGACUGCGUCUUCUCCAGGAAAGUCUGCCAUCAUCAAGAAUUGUUUCAUUGAAAGAACAACUUGCUUUUACAUUAAACAAGAGUGGGUACAGUGGGGGAGACCUGGACUGAAAAGUUCAUGAAAGUCAAUUUAAACAUUAUUAAUUCCUUGUUAUUUUAACUAAUCUGCCCCCACCUCUCCCAUUUUUCACUAAAAUAUUGCAGAUGUAUUUGAGAUGAAUUUACAUUUAUUCUAGUUACUGUUCCCAAGUAGAAGUGGAUCAACACUGGCUAUGGCUGGCUUCCCUCAAUGAACUUGGACCCAGCCUAGACUGCUAUCCCCUGAGCCAGGAGGAGCAGGGGUUGGUGUGGGGGCCCUUUCAUCUCCCUCAGGGCACACUUAUUCAACCUCCUUUGGGAAGAUCGUGCAUCUCUGGGGAUAAAUGCUGGCUGGAGCAGGCCAGUUGGUGCCCUCAUGAAGGCCCUCACCUUUGGUCAGCUUCAGCCAUGAUCACUGAACUUCACCCAUGUAUUUUCAUUGGAGCGGGCUUCUUAACCUGCAGGAGCAUUUCUCUGUCAGGUUAUGGUGCCAGAUAAUUCAUUUAAAAUAAAACCUGCAUGGAGCACUGGGUGUUAUACACAAACAAUGAAUCAUGGAACACUACAUCAAAAACUAAUGAUGUAAUGUAUGGUGAUUAACAUAACAUUAAAAAAUUUAAAAAAAUAAAGCCCAUUAAAACCCAAAAGCUAUGGAUUGGCUUUUAAAUAGAUUGCCCUGGAGGCACAUUAUUGUAGAGUCUUUGCUUCUCUGCCAUGAUCUAUCUUGGGGUAGGUAUUUGUAUAGUUGUGUCCUUGUCUUUGAGUGAGUAUAUGUGUGAUGGUACAGAGACAGAGUCACACACUGAUAUACAUAGAUUUAUAGUAAAAACCUACAGCUGUAGGUACUGUCCAGUAGCUGAUUCUAGAGAUAGAACUGUAGAGUAUACAUUUUCCUUUUUUCUUGCUUUGAUAUUUUUAUACGAUUUUAUAUGCUGUAAAAAAAAUUUUUUAAAUAUUUGCUAUUUUCAUUUGUAGAGCUCGGUUGGGUUUUUAUCAGCUCUGGUGCCCACUGUACAGCCAGAUUCCUCCCCCUACCUAAUUUAAGGGUCCUCUCCCUUUUUCAUACUUUUCUUUUACCUUUCCCUUCUUUUCUUCUCUCAUUUUUCUAUCUUUCAUAAAUUCCUUCUUUUGCCUCUGUCCAGGCAAGCCAUUCUGCCUGUGGUAUCAUUUUAGCACAAGGAAACACACAAUAAUGGGGGAAAGAAAAGCAUCUUCUUCCAGUGUCAUUAACAUGAGGAAAUGUUGGGUGCCAAGGGUGAGGUAGGUAGUUGGGGAGUAGGGAAUAGAUUGGGGAAAGGAAGCAGGAGAAAGGAAAUCCUCAUGGGAGAUCAGUUACCCAAAGCAAGGUGACUCACUUGGAGGCUAAUGUAAUGCCAUCAUGUUCCCUCAGUAUAGAGCACAAACUUUGCCCUCACAGGGUUUUUUCCCCUUAGGAUGGCAGGUGCUCACCAUGGGUCUAUAGACCCUCUCCUGGUAUGGGCACUGGCCCUAUAUGAAUGGAUAACUCAGCUCAUCUCAGCCUUAGAUUUUGUUGCUGUUCAGCUGGAUUUGUGGGAGGUGUCUGGAUUAAUACCAAGAAUGUUUAACAAGAUUCAAAAGAGGGAGGAAAGCAGAACCAAAACCCCAAAACUCAGUCCAAAUCAUGCCAAAUAAGUAGUUCUUUGGAGGGAUAAGGAAGAGAUUUCUGGAUGUGUUCUGAGAAUGGUCCUCCAAAAGGGAAGAUGGUAAAAUAGACUUGUGCUUAUUUUUACAGCAGUGAUAGAAUGUACUUCCAUGAUGUAAAAUAGGUCUCUAGCAGAUAAAAUGCAGGUUGCAAUUUACAUUUGUAUAUCAUAGGAAAAGAGAAUGGCCAUCGAUUCUAAAGAAGAGUGUUCUGUUCCUGAUGAUGCUGGUUUGCGCUAAAACAAACUAUUCAGAUACCAUAGCAUCACACCUCCAAAUGCAAAAAUAAUUCCUAAAGAUUCAUGUAAAACAGAAAUGCUAAACUGCUCUCAAUAAACUAAAGAUGUGUUUAUUGUAAAUCUUUAUUGCACAGAUGAGGCUGACAGUCUGUUGAUGUAUAAUUUCCCCCAUCAUCUAGUGAUGAAUAAGUACCUGUAUGUUCUUCUGAUUACCAAAUAAAAACAAUGAGUUAAUCUCUCGGUUGG